AUGACAGAGGGGUACUUUCAGGAGGCCAAGGAGUUUAUGGCUCAUGUCAAGAAUGGGUAUGUACCCAUGAUUCUCACCUUGACCGGAAUGAUGGAGGAAUAUGCCGACGCCGGCAGGACCAAGGAUGCUCUCAUUGUGUACAGGAUGAUGGAAGAUAACAAAUGUGCCGCCAACAGGCCCAAUGCUUACACUUACAGUGUUAUCAUCAAGGCACUGGUUAAGGACAAAGACCCGGAUUUUCUUGGUGUUGCAAAGGAGUGUGUGAUGGAGAUGAUGGGCAGGGGAAUGCAGCCCAAUGCUGGUACAUACGUGGCGGUUUCUGAGGGGUUUGUUGAGAAGGAGAAGGCUGAGGAGGGCAGGGAGCUUGUGGAGGUGAUGAAAGCUAAGGGCUUUGUGGCGGAUAAGAAGGCAGUGAGAGAGGUUCUUAAAGGCCAAAGAGGAGUUUUGGUUGACAAGGUCAUCAAGAUGGUCUUUGGAGUCUUUGGAUUGUGA